CAUUGCAAGUCCAAAACCCUAGCCGGUGAUACUCUUUACAAACCUUUUUUCGGCUGUGGUUCUGCUACUUUCAUCUUAACAUAAACUAUCAAGUCUAUCAGAACCAAUCAUGGCUGAGAGAGGGGGCUUUGGCCGUGGUUUUGGAGGACGCGGGCGUGGUGGGGACCGCGGAGGUCGCGGACGGGGUGGCCGCCGCGGCCGCCGUGAUACCGAAGAGGAGAAAUGGGUCCCGGUGACCAAGCUCGGCCGUCUUGUGAAGGAAGGAAAGAUUCGCUCCCUCGAACAGAUCUACCUUCACUCACUUCCCAUCAAGGAGUACCAGAUCAUCGACACUCUUGUCGGCCCGUCUCUCAAGGAUGAGGUGAUGAAGAUCAUGCCGGUCCAGAAACAGACCCGGGCCGGCCAGAGAACCCGGUUCAAGGCCUUCGUGGUCGUCGGCGACGGAAACGGACACGUUGGCCUAGGAGUGAAGUGUUCCAAGGAAGUCGCGACCGCGAUUCGCGGCUCAAUUAUCCUGGCCAAGCUGUCUGUGAUUCCGGUGAGGAGAGGCUACUGGGGGAACAAGAUUGGGAAGCCCCACACUGUGCCCUGCAAGGUCACCGGAAAAUGUGGCUCUGUCACCGUGCGCAUGGUUCCAGCUCCUCGUGGCGCGGGAAUCGUCGCCGCUAGGGUUCCUAAGAAGGUGCUUCAGUUUGCUGGUAUUGAAGAUGUCUUUACUUCGUCUCGCGGCUCAACCAAAACCCUCGGCAACUUUGUCAAGGCAACUUUCGACUGUCUUAUGAAAACCUAUGGCUUCCUAACACCCGACUUUUGGAAGGAGACUCGUUUUACGAAAUCUCCUUUUGAAGAGUACGUUGAUAUAUUGUCAAAGCCUGCAACAAAGGCUAUUGUGUACACUGAAGAGCCCACGGAGCGGGUGGAGGCUUGAGUGGUAAUGGUUUUGUGCUGAUGUUUUUUUGCUAGAACUUUAAACGUUUGAGAUAUCAGAGAUAUGGCAGUUGAGGUUGUCUUUUGUUUUCAGGGAUGUUUUGAUUUACAGUAUCCAGAGAAUCAUUGUUUAAUCUAUCAUGAUAUAUAGAUGUCUGUUUGAUCAUAGUUCACUGUGCAAAUUUUGGGUCUUGCUUUAGUGUUUCAUGGUGUCAUUGUUUUCUAGCAGGUGUAUAUAUGCUAUUUCAUUUUGUCA